GUCCAAAGAUGUCCAAUGGAAAGGGACAACUUCGAGUCCCUUAAUUUGCAUACCGCCUCUAUAAGUACGGGCGACGGCGCCAUUGUACCUGCGUCGAUCCAGCGGUAUAGGCAGCGGCGGGCGUGCGCGAUGCCGGAACCAGCGAAGUCGGCUCCUGCCCCCAAGAAGGGCUCCAAAAAGGCGGUCACCAAGACCCAGAAGAAGGGUGACAAGAAACGUAGAAAGACAAGGAAAGAGAGCUACUCGAUCUACGUGUACAAGGUGCUGAAGCAGGUGCACCCCGACACGGGUAUCUCGUCCAAGGCCAUGGGUAUCAUGAACUCGUUCGUCAACGACAUCUUCGAGCGCAUCGCCGGCGAGGCGUCGCGCCUGGCGCACUACAACAAGCGCUCGACCAUCACGUCGCGGGAGAUCCAGACGGCCGUGCGGCUGCUGCUGCCCGGCGAGCUGGCCAAGCACGCGGUCUCGGAGGGCACCAAGGCGGUUACCAAGUACACCAGCUCCAAGUAGAGCGGUGCGGAUUACUCGAUUUUAACCCAAAGGCUCUUUUCAGAGCCACCCAUGCUUUCAGUAAAAGAGUGGUUCACAGAUACGUGGUGGUGAGUGGUGCUGCUAUUUCAUACUGUCUUUGGUUGUCAGAGUAGGCUGAUCUGAUUAAUGAUGGAAAACAAACGGUUAUUGCUUAUGCUUCACAUGCUAAAAAGUGAAUGUUUGUGGUGGUGUUUUAUGUGACAUAAAGGAACUCUGAGUAAGAAAAAUAUGUAUGGAAUUUAUGAUAUUCAAGUCAUUUUCUAUGCCUAGUAAGCAUUCCUCUGACAAGCAUUUCAAUUCACAAUUUUAAACAGAUAGAGGUACAUACAUAUGGAUGUUGUCUUUCUGCUUUGAAAUAAAGCAGCCUUUGUUACAACUACA